CUUGAGUAUUGCUUUUACUUCUAUAUUAAACGGUUGCUGGGCUGUCGAGGUAGGGGUUUUCAGCUUUUGAACCGGGACCCCUAUGAAAAGCGUCGCACAAACCAGGGGAGGACUGGAUGCGGCGGUGCAGCUUCGAGCCUCGUGCCCAACCCACUGUUGCCUCUUGAGUUUAAAAGUCAACCCAUUGCUGAUCCCGCGAGGCUCCCGUGACUCUCCUUUCCUUCCCCAUCUCUUUGCUUUCUUCCCAUCCCCGGCCUGCUACCAAGCUUGAGAGCGACUCGACCGAAGAACCACACCAAGACCGAUAGCAAACGGUGAUGGCGCGCCAGCGGGACGGACUCGGCCGGAUCUUUGCAGCUGGGAUCGUGUGGGAUCCCGAAGAGCCUCUGCCAGAAGAGUUGCAGGAUGAUGGCAUGUUCAGCUCCGGCGGCGAGAGCCAAGAUGUCCUGGACGUAGUGCCGUUUCGCAAAGGGCUCUCAGCAGCGGGCCACGGCUAUGGCCGGUUUGGUGGUUUAAACCAAGUUUCCGUUGAUCAUUCCAGCCAACCGGCCGCAGCGACAUGGCCGAUAGGAGGCACAAAGAGCAACAAACUCCCACGCUUUGCUGUGCAGGAACAGGGCCGCAAUGUCCUCCCCCCACUGUCGGUCACAGCUGAUGCAUCCAUCGUGCAAGACACUGCGAAAGUCACCGUCACGCAGCUCUUCUGGAAUGACUCGGGCGUCCCCAUCAAGGAAGCCGCGUUUACUUUCCCACUCGCGACUGGUUGUACCGUCACCGGCUUUAGCUGCAGAAUAGGGACGAACAAAAUCAUCAAGGGCGCCGUCAAGGCAAAGGAAGAAGCUCGCGAGGCAUUCCGGCAUCACAUCCGCCACCAUGAAACUGCUGCUGGUCUACUGGAGCAGGACACGCCCGAAAUCUUCACCACCACUCUGGGUAACGUUCCCGAGAGAACCAAGGUCAAGGUGGAGUUGACCUACAUCACUGUGCUCAAGCACCGCUUUUCGGAUACCAAAAAUACCGCCACCUUGACUCUACCAACGUCCAUUGCUCCACGUUACGGAGACGUGCCGGAGGAAUACAAUGACGCCGCGACAACAAACGUACCCCAUGGGCUGGCCUUGGAAAUCGAAAUCGUCGAGUCCGAGAGGAUAGCUUCCAUCGUCAGCACUACACAUGCCGUUGCUGUUACCCGGCGGCGGGGAGCUCGCACGGCUCAGAGUUUUGCGGACCUUGCCGGUGAGGGUGAUGGCAGUAACGUCGAGACCGCUUCCGUUACACUCGAGUCCGGGCGCAUAUUCCUUGACAAGGAUUUCGUACUGGACAUCGUGACGACGUCCGGGGACAACGAAGAGAACCCACAGGCUUGGCUAGAGCAACAUCCGACUAUGCCAGACCACAAGACCCUGAUGCUCACUCUCCCAUCAGGGUUCCUAGCAAGGAACGCGCCUCCGAUGCAACGGUCCGAGAUACUCUUUCUGGCGGAUUGUUCUGGUUCCAUGAAGGACAAAAUCAAGCCCCUCAGAUCCGCGAUGCAGUUCUUCCUGAAAGGGAUCCCAGAGGGACGAAAGUUUAAUAUUUGGUGCUUUGGUACCAAAUACGCAUCCUGGCAGCCGCGGUCGGUUGAUUAUACAGAGGAGACGUUGAACUCGGCGCUAUCUUGGGUGGAGACAGACAUGAAGGCUAAUAUGGGCGGCACUGAGUUGCUACCGGCUGUGCAAGCUAUUGUUACGGCCCGGGAAAAGGCAUUGAUGACCGAUGUUAUAGUCCUGACGGACGGCCAGACCUGGCGCUUGGGGCAAACCCUGGACUUCAUCCAAAAGACGCGAGGUCUCACCGAGGGCCGCGUCCGCUUCUUCGCCCUUGGCAUAGGCAGAGCAGUCUCACACGCCUUGGUCGACGGUAUUGCCAAAGCCGGUGGUGGAUAUGCCGAUGUUGUCCAGGAAGCAAGUCAAGGGGGGUGGGAAGAUCGCGUCGUGAGCAUGGCGAAGGCUGCUUUGAUGAGUGCCCACCUUGGGCCUCUGCAUCUGGCAUUCAAUAUCCAAGACCAAACCGGAAACAUAAGAAGCUCGACUCUGGCAGACGCGAAGCGGUCUCCCGCAGACACCUCGGCGCUCAACCCAUUCGACCGCAGCCGCAUCUACUUUCACCUCGACUGCCUCAAGAACACCGAGGACAUCAAAAGCGUCAGGGUCGAGGUCCAAGCCAACCACGACACCAAGACACUUACCAUCCCCGUCAUCGCCCUCGGUAAGCGAGACACGACGCUGCACAAGCUAGCUGCGCGGGCAAUGCUAGAUGACUUGGAGCGUGGCCGAAGCCACAUCCACCUGGGCCCGGACCGGCCAUUGGCGGGAUCCUGGCAAGAGACCAGCAUGGUGCGCAAAGAAGCGGAGGAGAUCGCCUGCCAAUGGUCUCUCGUCUCCAAGUGGACAAGCUUCUUCCUAGCCGAGGAGUGCUACACGCCCACAGGAAACGAUGCCUUUAUGGACGGGGUCAUGGAGGUCAAGGUCUCACCGGGCGAUGAUCUUCUACUGCCCCAUCCGGUCGUACAGCACAUUGCCACCCUCCAGCCGGCGGACUCGGCCGCCUCCGCCUCGGGCCCGCACAACCUUGCUGUGGAUGCUGUUGGGUCAGCACCACGUAACCAUGGCCGUCCAAGGAAUAUUUCCUCCAUGCCGCCUCCCGUACACAAGCAGUCCCGCCCCAGCGGAGCGCUCAUGAAGAAAUUACACCGGGAUGCACGCGAUGGAGGAGAACGGAGAGCCGAGCCAGAUGGUUCUUCUACGAGCAAGGAACCCCGACUCCGGUCGCGGGGCGAUGAAAAAGAAAAAUUGUUCUUGGAGCGACUGCAGCACCGCUUCGAUUCCUCCGAGGAAAGUCGUCCGUCAAGGAGAAGUGGUUCGUCAAGGAGAAGCGACGUCGAUCCCAAAGUUACAUGUACGACGAAGCCCGUUAUUGCUACUCCUGCUGGGAGCUCUGCACAAUGCCCAAGUCCAGACUCCGAAGCUCAGGUCAGAUGUGCCAUCGAGUCGGAGAGAAGCCCAGACGACAGGAGGGCUUCACGCCGAGCACCACCCCCUCCAUUCGGUAUGCCGCCCAACGUGUUAGGAGAGGCAAGAUCGCGCGGGUCGGGAGAGCUUUCGGCUCCGCCUCGUGCUCCGCCUUCCCCGACGGCGAGUGACUAUCCAACAAGCUCCCUCUCUCGAAACGCACCCCCUACCACCAGCCUUCGCGGAUGGCAACCUAGUUCGACCCCCGGCCCCGGAAACCAGAGUGGGCCUCCCAAGCGCUAUUUCGUCUCCUCGUUUCUCAACUUCCAACAGUACGACGGCGCCGUCGACUUUGGCAGCUGGGUGCUUGCCGAGACUUUUCUCGGGAAGGAUACCGCCGACGAGCUGCGGUCUUUCAAGGAGGAAUGGCAGGGCCUUAGUGACCGGGGCGUUUGGACCGCCGCCGUCCACGUGCUUCUGGAACGCAACUUCCAGUCGUGCAAGUCACUGUGGGAGCUGAUGGCCAUUAAGACGGCGAGUUACUGCGCGAGUAUUUCCCUCAGACCCGGGUCGGAUUUGCUGGAGGUGGUGCGGAGAUUACUGGAGGGGUUGAAGCUGCCGUUCGAUCAGCAACAGGAGGAGCGGACGGUGGAUGCCGCUCCUGAGACUGUGACAGUGGACCCGGUGGCUUUGGCCGAUCCCAAAGCGGAGAACGGGCUCCCGUUAGGGAACCUGUCAGAAGGGAUGGUCUCUGUGCCAUCUUCUGCAACAGUGGCCCAUGAUCCCAUCCUAGAGGGGGAUGUGAAGGAGCAUCCAGACGAGGAGCCGAAGAAGCGGAAGGCGGAGAAGGAAGAACAGAGCGAAACAGCGGGAGUCUAAGGCUAGUCCGUCCAGCUUUCUCGGCAGGUUCUUUACUAGGUCGUCGAAGCCAGAGCGUGACGAGAGUUCACGUCGUGGCACGAAACUACGCCCGGAGUCUACGACGGCGGGCAAGCGAGAGAGUGUCCCUGUUUAUGUUCCUAUGGAUAAAACGGGUGCGAGAGACGAUACUUCAUGGGAGCAGGUGAACGUUGAGCCUGUUGACUCUGCUUCCUAGCCCCAGCACACAUUGCGGUUUUGAGUUUGGGCACUGGACGGCGCUGUAUUCUAUUAGUUAUUGCUAGGAAUUUCUUCAAGUUCUACGUAUUACUCCAA